AUGUCAGACCAUGGACCCACCCGCCUUGAAACCGAGCUCGAGCUGUUAGAGGCCAUGUAUCCCAAUCAGACGCACUAUGGUCCCAAGUCACGGGAGUUAAAGUUCUCACACGACAACCAUGCAUCGCUCCUUCUUCGGUUACCGGAGUCGUAUCCGGAAUUAGGAUUGCCGGACAUCAUCUCUGCGACUGACGCAGCAAAGAACGACUUGCGGACACGUGUAAAAGUAGCGGUCAAGGAUGUUGGGUUAGCCGAAGGAGAGGAAGUACUUGAUGCCAUCGUCGCUGCCUUCCAGCAGGUCGUUGAAUUCGCUCCUGCCACAUCUGAUGCAAGUAGCGACACAAUGGCAGGAGCCGACAUCACCCCCAAAACCGUCAUUGUAUGGCUGCAUCACCUUCUAAACACCAACAAACGCAAACUUGCACUCUUGCCACCACCGUCGACGCCGCCCGUGUCUGGAAUCACCAAGCCUGGUUAUCCCGGCGUUCUCGUCUACUCCGGUCCAUCGGCAGCUGUCACAGAGCAUGUCAACACGCUGAAAGCGCAAAAUUGGCAAGCGUUUCAGGUGCGCUAUGAGGAAGAAGAGCUCUGGCACUUUGCACAUGGCACAGGCGUCAAAGAGAUGGAGAGCAUGAGUGAGGUCGUCAAGGGUGUCGAACUAGAAGGCUCGAUUGGCAAGACGCAGAAAGAAGAGCUUCUCAAGGCUAUUGGCAUAAAGUGA